AGAUAGAAAAGUCACAACAAAGGCAAACAAAGGGUAAAGUAAAUAUAGCCUCUUGUGUGUUCCAAACUCACCAAUGGCCUAGAACCUCUAUGGCAUUUUCUCCUACACCCUAGCAUCAGUCUACAACAAAAGAACCAAAUCUCCUAAUACAGUAUAUAUUAUCUUGUUUGCCUAAUUAUUGGCCUUAUCUCUAACAUCACUCACUGUAAAUAGGAGAGCUUCCACUAUUUUAGGUGUCUUAUAACAUCAUAUGUCUCUUUGAUUUCCAACUUUUGACAUAUGAGAUGAUAAUUAAAAUUUGUUGUGUCUCAACAUCAACAUCACAUGACACCAACUCAACUUUCUCCUGCUGCAUGUGCUUUAUAUAAGCCUUUGGGUCCUCCAUAUUUUAGCCUAGCAACUGCAUUAAUUGCACUUUUGAAACUUGUGGCAUAGAGAUUGAAUACAUUUUUUUUUUUUUUUUUUUUAAAUCCCGGUUAUGGAUUCGGAGUUUGGGGCUCGCGCAAAGGCUGAGUUGCCGUGCGCUGCGUGCCGGACGCUCCACCGCAAGUGCAGCCCCGACUGCUUGUUGGCUCCGUACUUCCCGGCCGACGAACCGGAGAAGUUUGCGAGUGUUCACAAGGUGUUUGGAGCAAGCAAUGUGAUCAAAAUGCUUCAGGUGGUGGAGGAGACGAGAAGAGAGGACGCGGUGCAAAGCAUGGUGUACGAGGCCAACGCGAGGCUCCGAGAUCCAGUUUACGGAUGCACGAAUGCGAUUUCCUACUUGCAGAAGUGCUUGAAGGAUCUUCAGAAGCAGCUUGAAGCUACCAGAGAACAGAUCCUAGAGUCGCGAAAACAAAAUGAUCAGUUAUUGGAAGUGUUGAGGGAUGAGCCCUGCCACUACAGUUCAAUCUAUUUCCUCGCCGAAAACAAUUAUGUGUGCGGCACGAACAACUUCCUCUCGGACGACGUCGACCAGUUCGGGUUCUGCACGGAUCGAUGUCAGAUGAUUCUAUGAACCUGCUGCUCAAUCGAUCUUAGCCCGUGCUGCAUUUCAAGAGAAGGUCAUAUAGAAAUUACAGAGAAAUGGUUCAGUAUGUUUAGUCCCAAAUUUAAUUACAGCAUAGAAGAGUAGAUCAUCUCUAGUAUUGUGCUUAUACUAGAAGCACUUUUUUUGAUUCAGAGCUAGCAAGAUUUGUGUACUUCUCAUUUCAAAAAGAGGAAAAUGCUAAGCAUUUUCAAUUUCCUUUUCCGGUAAGAGGAUCAGCCCAUCAUAGCAUUGCUGUUAUAAGGAACUGUCCUGUUCUGGUACUAUGAUAUGUUUCCAGGUAUUGAAUGAUUAGCCCAUAUCGGGCGCAAACCUAAUUGAGCUAGCACUUGGCUGCACCAAGUAGUCCUAUAUUGAUCCAUUUUGAUCAAUCAUGCGUAACGAAAACUAGACCAACUUAUUCAAAUUGCUGAAUUAUCUGUUGCAAUCUUGAUCCUCAA